AUGGAGUUUAUUGGUGAAUGUUGGAAAAACUACAAACUAGAUCCAGCUGCUGCUUCUAGCAAGCAGUCCUGCCAAUGUGGGGAGGAAGAUGUGAGAUUGAGUGAAGGUGCCAGGAGCCAGGAGUUGUCUUGUCAGUCAUCUGAGAAACGCUGUCAAAGGCUUAUCAGUGAAGACAAGCCAAAACCAUACCUACAAAUUCAAGGGAACUCAACUGAAACAGAAGAAACAACUAACAGUCCUGUGGGAGAAAAGAAAAUAACUUCAGCCUCCAGAAUCCAUUUUUGUGAGUUUAGACCCUGCCUAGGAUGGAGACAGGAAUUUGUUCACUUAUCUGUCUUCAGGAACCAUUCCAUGACCCAUUCAACAUAUACAAGCAAAAGACCGGAGCAAAUAGAAAAGGAAAAAUUUACAACUGGAGAUUCACAGACAUUCCAGAUGCACCGGAUGCGCGUGCAUGUCUGCAGGACUCGGAAGAGAGACAGUUGGGCUUCUAGGAAGUCUGGAAACUGGAAACUACAACCAGAUGGGCCCAGCCCGGGGACCGUCAUGGCACACUGGAGCGUGAAAUCAGAUUUUAGAGGGAGACAAGGGUGUGGUUUGGCAGAGGCUCAGACUUAG